UUUCUGAUGAUAUGCAAAUCGUGUCUUGGUAUUUCAUUCCCGUGUUGGCUACUGUGGAGCGCUGAGCGCGCUAAACCUUGGAAAUAUAUGUAUAUAUUUUUAUAGGAUAGUGAGUGCAGAUCUUGAUUGAGCUGGAAAGAAGAGGAUGUCUUGAAAAGUUGCCAGUAAAGACCUUCCCACCCACUGGUAAACCCCUUUCUGUAUAUUAUUUUAAAGAGUCAUUUUGUGAGGAAAAGGGGAAAUUGGGAAAGCUCAGACAGAGGCCUAUAAGCAGGCUCCUCCCCCCCACCCCUUCGUCAUGUCGAUUACCCUGAAGCAAGUCUUCAACAAGGACAAGACUUUCCGGCCCAAACGCAAGUUUGAGCCGGGCACGCAGCGUUUUGAGCUGCACAAGAAGGCCCAGGCCUCACUGAACUCGGGGGUGGACAUCAAGGCCGCUGUUCAGCUGCCCCAUGGGGAGGACCUCAACGACUGGGUGGCUGUGCACGUGGUGGACUUCUUUAACCGCAUCAACCUGAUCUAUGGGACCAUCUGCGAGUUCUGCACAGAGAAGAGUUGCCCUGUCAUGUCAGGGGGGCCCAGGUACGAGUACCGGUGGCAGGACGACCUGAAGUACAAAAAGCCCACUGCUCUGCCGGCCCCACAGUACAUGAAUCUCCUCAUGGACUGGAUUGAGGUGCAGAUCAACAAUGAGGAGAUCUUCCCCACUAGCAUAGGCAUUCCUUUUCCAAAGAAUUUCAUUCAGAUCUGCAAGAAGAUCGUGUGCCGGCUUUUCCGGGUCUUCGUUCACGUCUACAUUCACCAUUUUGACCGCAUCAUUCUCAUGGGUGCAGAGGCCCACGUCAACACCUGUUACAAGCACUUUUAUUACUUUGGGACCGAACUCAACCUUAUAGACCGCAAGGAGUUAGAACCCUUGAAAGAGAUGACAUUGCAGAUGUGUCACUGAAGACCAGCUUGUGAAUAAAAGACAAUGAAUUUGAAACAUUCCACCUUUCUACAGAGGUGAACCAGAGAGAGAGAGAGAUAUCCCACUACACUGUUCAAUCUAACUUUCCAUCUACGACAACACCAGCGGAAGCAUUUAAAAACAGCAGCAGAAUUUAUUCACAGUGCAUUAUGGCUACACCUCAGAAAUAGAGAAAUGGUUUCUGUUCUGUUUUAUUUAGUAGAGCAUGAGCUAUGCAGGUACCACAAAGAGACCAAGUCUGUGUCUUAACUGUAUAUCAGACAUAUUUCAUAGUCUCUUACCUCUAAUCCAAUCAAUGCCUUGUCGACUUUGGGACACAUGUGCCUUGCAAAUAGCAGGAACAGCAGGUUUAGCAGAGAUACUGUUUUUCUCCCAUUCAUAUUUGAAGGUGUAAUACUGAAGGGGCCCACUGCAUUCAUCUGGUUACAUGUAAGAUAUUAUGAAAUACAGUAUGUUACCUAGGAAUGAAAAUGUACCUUCCUAGAAGGACCUAGGGGUAAUUUUGACCCUUACUGUGUUUUCUAUGUUAUAGUUAAAACACCAGUACCAUUGUUGAUAAUAUAGUUUUCUACUACUGCCUCUUAUUUUAGUGCAAAACAGACUGUAGAAAAAUAAGAAUAUAUAUAUAUAUAUAUAUAUAUAUAUAUAUAUAUAUAUAUAUAUAUAUAUACAGUAUAUUUAAAACAAAACAUGUAGAUUAUUGUGUAGUGUCCUGGUCAGGGCUGGUCUGCACCCUAGGAUUAGUAGACCAAGACACGGACACUGCAGUUCAAGUGCUUUUUGCACACUUUUAUAAUGAACAAAACAAAACACUACAAACAAAACUCAUUCAAAGGCAAGAAUGCUAUGAGGGGUCAAAAUUACCCCUUGGUCCUUCCAGGUAGGUGUGUGUGUUUCUUCCCAAAACAAAUAAAGUGCUUUGAGUGUAACCUCAUGUAAGACUAUAAGCUAAAGAUAAAUGUAACAGAGUAGGAGGAUUUAAUAUCCGGGUUUGUGGAUUUCAUGAUCAAAAAGGUUUUAAAAUGUGUCAGAAUGACCCCUCGGUUGUUCUAGCGUUAAGGAACAAUGGCUCUGGAAUACUGCAUUUUGCUUUGAGUUAGGACGCAAAUACAUACAGUACAUUUCCUUUAAAGUAGCACCACCUACUGGGAGAAAUUCAUUAAGUAUAUUUUUUCUCUUAGAAUAAAUAUGAACUGUAAUAGAAGUGUUACUUGAGUUUAUAUACACAACAGGUGUCAACCAGAUAUUAAAUAUCAAUUAGCUUUAAAACUCAGUAAUAAGACACAAAUGUUUAAACAUCAAGCUUUAUGCUGUAUAAGUAUAAUAUUCAAUGUGUCCCAAGAAGAGACUUGCAUCUAAGGCUAGUAACUAACCGAUAGCACUAGAUAUAUCUUUUACCUAGAUACUUUAUCUGUAUUAACAUAGGUUCUAUAUAUUCUUAAAUGUAAAUUAUUGAUGAAAAUGGGGUAACCGAAUAUUGACCUUCAGAUUAAGACCGUGGGAAGCUAUAGGAAAUAGUUAUUGUACCUUGGUUAUUUCAAAAUGUAUUAAAACAAAACAAAACAAAAAGAAAAGUCACAAAAUUAACUAAAAAAAUAUAAAGUUUUGAUGAAAUGCAGGUCACCCAGAUGCAACAACAGAAAAAUAUAUUUUUCCUUUUACAUUUUCACACAGUAUCUAUUUUAUUGUAAACUAAGUUUAGUGCCACCCACACUGUUUUUCUUUCAAUAAAUGUCUCACUCACAAAAUUCAUAUUUAGAAAGCCUUUCUACAUUCUGGUCAUAAUCAGAAUAUUUGUGGCAUAUUUAACAACUUGUUCUUCAAUAUUUCAGUGCAUCUUCUAUAUGUUUAUUAAGUAUGAACAUCAUCUGAGGCCUACUGAAGUUAAUAGAGGGGUGGAGGAAAGAAGGAAAUGUUACUCAGCCUAUACACUGCUGCAAUAAGCCACAUGAACCACAUUUUUAGGGCCCAUUUGAAAACUCUGUCUCCCCACCUUUAUUUAGAUAAUUCAAGACUUAAUAGUUGGAAUGUUUGAGAUUUUGACAGAAGUUGACUUUUGUAUACAUAUGGGCAUUGAUUUUCCCUCUAUCCUGUUUAUUUCCCUGAAAUCCUAGUUGAACUAUUAGGAGACCACAGCGUUACCAUACCAACAGUGAUUUUUGAACAAAUAGUACACAGUGAUCCUGAUUUUGAAGCAUGUUUGUAUUGCUGUACCAUGGGACUAGAAUGUAUUACCAGUUUGCAAUGGUUCAUUAAAUUGUGAUACCAUUUGGUAUGUCAAAAUAUAAAACUUACCACUGGUAGAACUAUUCCUCCAAUGGCUUACCGUAUACCAUUGCAGCUGCCAUUGUACUGUUGCCUCUUGGAAAGAGAAGUUCUUAAUGAAAUAUCCACAGUCACAGUCUCCCAGAGCAGUAUAUUCUUACAAUGUGCCCUCAGCAGUUUAACAAUAAAAGGUGAAUGCUAUUUUGAAAUAUAUUAUGAAUGUACACUAAUGUAACUGAUGGUCAGCAUUUUGUAUCUUCAAAGUGAAUUAAUUAGUCUUGAAUACAAUUCUCAUGACAAGGUAUUGAACCGUUGACUAAACAUCUAACACAAUUUACCUGUACAGCUAAGCUGGCUGUACUAAGAUUUACUCACAAUUCCGUCAUAUUGUUGAGAUACAUCUCCUCAGGAGACAUCUAACAAUAAACUGACUGUACUUUGCUGUCAGCUGUUACAAUAUGCAACAAGAAUGUGAACAAUGAAUGGAAAUUCAUUUCAAAGAUUAAUGGGUAUAGAUUUCAGAGAUGUAAGAUUUACAGUAAGCCAUUGUACAAACUUGCCUUUAUUACUUAGAGAGUUAACAGAUUUUGGAUUGUGUUUAUCAAUAGCUGGGUUUUACCAUAUGCAACUGAACUUUUGUAGUGUUUUGAAACUGAUGGUUUUUUUAAAUGUCUACUGCUUUUAUAGGAUAAUCUCGUUAGUAUUUUGUUGUUUAAUGUCGCUUUUACUUGAUUAAAAUUCUGUAUUUGAUUUUUUGAUAUUCAGCCCCAUUCAGAGCUGCAGAUACAAUCCCGCAGUUUGUGUUUUAGCAGUCGUUAGUACAUCAUGAAACUACUUCAGAGAACACUUCAGAUAAUUACAUGCUUUUUGAAUAUAAUCAACUAAACUCUCAUGACUUUUUAACUGAUCUACAGCAAAUAUAGACUAAAGUGUUCUUAAGAUUAAUGGAUAUGAAUAUUUUGGUUCAAAAUGUUUUCUUUCAGACAAAAAAAAAGUAAUACAAUCAGAAUUAAUUGUAGAAAAGACACAAUUAAACAAUAAAAGUCAACUUGCUUUAUUUAAAAUAA